AUGUCCACUGUCAAGUUUCUUAUAGAAGUGGUUGUUAAACAAGAGUGGUAUUUAGUUCAAUUGGAUGUUAACAAUGCGUUUCUUCAUGGGGAUUUGAAUGAAGAAGUUUAUAUGAAAUUGCCUCACGGACUUUCAGUGUCUGGACCUCCUGCUUUAUGUUAUAGGGGUUUCACUCAUUCUAUCAAUGAUUAUUCUCUGUUUGUCAUGGGUUCUCCUGGUUCACUAACUAUUUUAGCUAUCUAUGUUGAUGAUAUAAUUUUGACUGGUGACGAAGUUAAUGUUAUUCUUGAUUUGAAGAUGUUUUUACAUGACCAAUUCAGAAUCAAAGAUCUGGGCACUUUGAAUUAUUUUUUGGGUAUUGAAAUCCCUUAUUAUUCUUCUGGUCUCCUCCUGAAUCAAAAGAAGUUCACUGCUGAUUUGUUAUCCGAAUAUGCUUGUUCUGAUGUUUCUUCUGUGGUGUGCCCUUUAGAACUUCAUAAGAAGUUGUUUGUUGAUUUUGGGGAUCUUCUUGACAAGUCUGAGACCUAUAGGAGUUUGAUUGGGAGGUUACUUUUUCUCAAAUACACUAGGCCUGACAUUUGUUUUGUUGUCCAGCACCUUAGUCAGUUCUUAAAGUGUCCUAGAGUCCCCCACAUAGUUAUUGCCUUGCACAUUUUGAGAUACCUCAAAGGUUCACUUGAUGUAGGAUUGUUCUAUUCACGCUCUUCUGACCUUACUUUGACUGCUUACUCAGAUAGUGAUUGA